AAUGUCACUGUGUAGGAUAACAUACAGUUCAUUUAUUUAUCUCUUAAUGACUUUUUUGGCAAACAAUAUAUAUAUAUAUAUAGUAUAUGUGUUCAUGUAUAACCCAUAUAACAUACAAAACAUGCAAUAUCUCCUUAUUUAGUGCAAAAACAAUGCUUACUGUCAUUUCUGUGUUUUGUGUCAAAGGGAUGUGUUACCACUUCAAUACUUUACAUAUUGGGUUUAAUGAGGUCGGGAAAAAACAAGCAAACAAAGAGGAAGUACAGCUAAUCUCAAAUAAACAUACGGGUUAAGGCUGGUUUUCACAUCUUGCCUGCAGCAGCUGUUUUGUUCCUCAAUAAAUAGGUGUGGAUGCUGCGCGCAACACCUCAGACCACGUGACCGAGCGCACAAAGCAGAGCCAUAUAACCGCCCGCUCCCACAAACACACACACUCCACCCGCUGCCUGUCUUUACUGUAUUUGACAUUGACAGUAUCUGGGAAGCCAACACGGGAUAAUUCCCCCGACAAAACACCAAAACAACUAUUGUGAUUUCACUCUAGCCUCCAGUUUUUUUCCCCCCUUUUUUUGAGAGUUGCUGUAACUGUUGAUUGAUGAGGAGAGUGACGACAGACUGGUUUACUCCCAGUUUAGUAUUUUGCGUCAUGGAGCGGGGUUGUUUGUGCUGAGAAAAUCAAGAUGUCCUUGUGCAUGGAUCUUAUGCUGUUACACCACACACCUCUCCUCUGAGUGUCUCUGCAGCCACUACCCAGCCAUGAGGUUGCACAGUAUAGCAGGCACCACAAUGAGCACGCUAACAACAGGUGUCCAGUAUCUCGGCUCCAACGACGCCAGUUAUGAUGACCCCUCCGUUGACUCAAGCCUUAUCAAGAACGGGUUCCACUUUGAGAAACCUUACUCUGGCUCCAUUAGUAACUCAUUCCCUGGACUCAUUCCUGGAAAUAAGGAGGUCAUUUACAGUGGCCUUGCUCCCAUUUUCCCCACUAACAUAUCAGACUUUCUGCUGGGUAAUGGGACUUCUGUGGAGAACCGAGGGGCGGCACAGUGCGGGGAGGACCUUGUGGACAACAUGGAGUGUUUUAUGAUUCUGACUCCUGGUCAGCAGCUCGCAGUUGCUAUCUUGGCACUCACUCUGGGGACAUUCACAGUGCUGGAGAACCUCAUGGUGUUGUGUGUGAUCCUGCACUCACAGACACUCCGAUCUCGGCCUUCCUACCACUUCAUAGGCAGCCUGGCUGUGGCUGAUCUGAUAGGCAGCAUCAUUUUUGUCUACAGCUUCCUGGACUUCCACGUGCUCCACAGGAAGGACAGCCCCAAUAUUUUCCUCUUCAAGCUGGCUGGGGUCAUCGCCUCCUUUACUGCCUCUGUGGGCAGUCUGUUCCUCACUGCGAUUGACCGCUACAUCUCCAUCCACAGACCUAUGGCAUACAGACGCAUUGUCACAAAGACCAAAGCGGUCAUCGCCUUCAGUAUGAUGUGGACCAUCUCCAUUGUUAUCUCAUUGCUGCCACUGCUGGGCUGGAACUGCAAGCGUCUCAACUCUGUCUGCUCGGACAUUUUCCCUCUAAUCGACCAGAAGUACCUGAUGUUCUGGAUCGGGAUGACGAGUAUUUUGGUCCUGUUCAUUAUCUACGCCUACAUAUUCAUUCUCUGGAAGUCCCACCACCACGCUGUCCGCAUGCUGAGCCGCACUUCCCAGAGGAGUGUGAUUGUCUACACAGCAGAGGGCACCAAAGUUCAGACAGUGAGGCCUGAGCAGGCCCGGAUGGACCUGCGUCUGGCCAAGACCCUAGUUCUGAUCCUGGUGGCCCUCAUCAUCUGCUGGGGCCCGCUUUUAGCCAUCAUGGUUUACGACCUCUUUGGGAAGGUGAACGACUUCAUCAAGACUGUGUUUGCCUUUUGCAGCAUGCUUUGCCUGCUCAACUCCACCGUGAACCCUGUGAUCUACGCCAUGAGGAGCAAGGACCUGCGCAGGGCCUUCCUCAACAUCUGCCACAUGUGCCGGGGAGCGACGCAGUCGCUGGACAGCAGCGGUGAGAGUGACUGGAAUAGCAGGAGUGUGAGAGGCACACCAGGCGCGGCGGGGAAAGAUGGAGCCGGCUGUGGAAAGACGAGAGUAAAAGUUGCCCAGGUUACAGUUUCUGGAGUGACUGAGACUUCUACACCAGACCCCGUCUAAAAUACAGGCUGCCCUGCUCUGGUACAACUGUGAAGUAAAUAUUUUGUAGAAUAGUCCUGACCCUCGUAGUGCACUGCUCUGUGACUGUGAAAUGUGCCAAAAGAUAACUUAGAUACAGACAACACAAACAAUUUUAGUUGUUUUAAAGCUGAAAUCUGUAAUAUUGAUAUAUUAUUAUACCCCUUUGUAUGGUGAAGUGUCAUGAAACUCUAAAAACUGUGAAUUUUAUGGGUUUACUCUUGUUGCACAUGUCUGAUUCACAGUGCCAAUUUUGGCAAAUUUCUUAACAAAUAUAAUAAUAUACACUAUGUCAUCUUUGCUGUUGUUUGAAUAAGCAGAAAGUUACAGAUUUCAGCUUUAAUGUGGAAAAAAGGUGGCAUUCUCUGUUUUUUCUCACAUUACAUCAUAGCAAUAUUGUGGCAGUAAUGCAAGUGAAACUGUGUCUACUUUCAUGCAAAAUGUCCGUUCUGAGUGACAGCGCACUGCUUGUAAGUAGCAUCUCAUCAGUGAUUUGAAAUCACCUAUUGAUGAUUUUGUAAGACCAUGAUAUUGUGAAGUUUGGCAUUUCAAUGUUAUUGAACUUGAAUUUAUUUAUUGUAUAUUUUUAACAUGUAUUUUGCAAAACAAAAUGGUGAGUCAUAUGUUGAAUUUUGAAUGUCUUUUCAAUCACAUCAAAACUUCUGUAGUUUGUAGUAACCUGGGAAUGUUACAUGUGCUUACAAAACAGUUACAGCGUUUUGUGAGAAGCUACACUGCCAGAUUCCUGUGAAGCUUCCAUUCUGCCAUGUUGUCCCAUAACAGUGUGUGUAAGCAGUGACAUGAGUUCAAUAAAUUUAUGAAAUUUGUCUAUUUUUAUCAUAAACUUGUCAACAUACCUGGUGAUCUUUUUUUCAAUAAAACUAUGAAAUGUCAGCAAUCCAGUGCAUCUGCAGUUAUGGC